GCCUCCGGAGUCAGACCCGGAACUUCAGCAGAGAAAGUGAACGCGACUCCCGUUAAACGAUAACCGGAGGGACAUCUACAGCUUUUACUGGAGAUAUCGUCCGUGCAGGACUUUAACCGAGAUCGCCUGAAGUGUCAGAGUGAGUAACGUUAUAUCAUCAGACCCGAUCACUUUAACUCCAGUGACAGAGACAGACAGCCACACCAGCUAGCGAGCAGAGCCAGCGUCACAGCUGUCUUCAGUAUGUACCGCUUGCGGGCUCUGACGGCUGCCACCGUCGGGAUGGUGCAGUUGUCAAGACGGCAUCAUGGCGGUGCCUUCCGUUCCUAUCAGCGGCGUCGAGUGAUGCUGGCUGCCCUGGCGGGGGUGACGGGCAUCUCAGCCAGCGCUGGACUACUGUGGACAAGAGCAUAUGCAGAGGCGGGGUCUUCAGUCAAGCAUGAGGAGCAGAUGAAGGAGGAGGAGUCUUUGAAGGAUAUAGUGGAGGAGGUGGGGUCAAACGGCGCUCUCGAGACGAGUAGCGGGGAGGAGGAAGACGAGGCAGGCACAGAAGGGAAGAAAAAGAAACAGAGAGUCGGCUUCCGUGACCGCAAGGUGAUGGAGUAUGAGAAUCGGAUCAGAGCUUACUCCACCCCAGACAAAAUAUUUCGCUACUUUGCCACCCUGAAGAUCAUCAGUGAGCACGGAGACGCGGAGGUUUACAUGACGCCACAGGACUUCGUGCGCUCCAUCACACCCAAUGAGAAACAGCCAGAGAACCUUGGUCUGGAUCAGUUUGUGGUGAAACGCUAUGAUGGAAAGAAGAUCUCCCAGGACAGAGAGAGGUUUGCAGAUGAGGACAGCAUUUUCUACACACUGGGGGAAUGUGGACUCAUCUCUUUCUCUGACUACAUCUUCCUUACAACAGUCCUUUCCACUCCUCAAAGGAACUUUGAAAUCGCCUUCAAGAUGUUUGACUUAAAUGGAGAUGGAGAGGUCGACCUUGAGGAGUUUGAACAGGUUCAGAGUAUCAUCCGUUCUCAGACCAGUAUGGGCAUGAGACACAGAGAUCGCUCCACCACAGGAAACACUCUGAAAACAGGAGGCUGCAGUUCAGCCCUCACCACCUACUUUUUCGGGGCCGACCUGAAGGGCAAGCUCACCAUUGGCAGUUUCCUGGAGUUCCAGAGGAAACUGCAGCACGAUGUGCUAAAGCUUGAGUUUGAGAGGAAUGAUCCGGUGGACGGCAGGAUCACAGAGAAGCAGUUUGGAGGCAUGCUGCUGGCCUACAGUGGAGUUCAGUCUCGCAAACUCAAACAGAUGCAGAAGAACCUCAAGAGGAUGUUCAAGGAUGCUCAGGGCAUCACGUUUGAAGAAGUGGAGAACUUCUUCACCUUCCUGAAGAACGUGAAUGACGUUGACACUGCGUUGAGUUUCUAUCACAUGGCCGGCGCCUCUAUAGAUAAAGCCACCAUGAAGCAGGUGGCCCGCACCGUGGCCAAGGUAGAGCUGUCUGACCACGUGUGUGACGUGGUGUUUGCCCUCUUCGACUGUGACGGAAACGGGGAGCUGAGUAAUAAGGAGUUUAUCUCCAUCAUGAAACAGCGGCUGAUGCGUGGGCUGGAGAAGCCCAAGGAUAUGGGUUUCACCCGGCUGGUGCGUGCCAUGUGGAAGUGUGCCCAGAAUACUGCCUGGGACUUUGCCAUGCCGAAACAGCAGUAACAGCCGAGACGGCCACCCAUUCCCUGAUCUUACGCUCCAUAUGGAGUAUAAUUAAUCAUUAAGGGAUGAACUCCUUUGGAAGGCACAUCUAUAAGACGCAUGCUACAUCCUCGGGCCCUUCGGUGCCCACCUGCAUCUCUACUCAACAUUCACACAGAGCUCACUAUCUUGCAUUUAUUUCUUGCUGUUGGCCAGUUUUGGAGUUGAAUGCACAUUUCUACACACACUAGAAUGUGACUGAAACACAACAGCGAGAGGUCAUCAUCAAGUGCCAUGAGUUCUCAUCUGAAACGAAUGUUAGGACUUACUCAGAUAAUUCCUAUGAUAUUCAGCUAACACUCCCCAUCACUUCGCUCCUUAUUUUGCACUCCUGUUGCCAAAUGUGUCCAUGUUUCAAAGUCUCCACUUCAGAACUGAAUCUUUAGCAUCCAGCGAAAAGCAAUUUCCAUUUUGUUAUAGGCUGCAUUAAUAUUUAGAAAAUCUGAUUUCUGAGUGAUGCUGAAAGAGGUCUACUAUUAAAACAUUUCACAGUA